AUGCACAAAAUAACUGAUCUUAAGGUGGAUCAGUUGAAAUUCCUUCUUCGCGGUGUGGAUUUGCCAACAUCAGGAACGCGUGCUGAAUUAAUCCAGAGACUGAUCGAGCAUGAGGGUUCGACAGAGAUUGAGAUGCCGCAAGCAGCUAGUCUUGCCAGUCAACAAGAAGAUGCAAUUGCGUCACAGGCAACAGCUAUUUCGAAACUAGAAGGCGAAAUGAGACAGCUAAUGGAGAUGAUGUCCCAGUUUAUGAGCGUUCAAAGACAGAAUACAUCGACAGUUCCUAGCCAGCAACCGCUAGCAAUGAAUAGUGAAAUUCAAUCACCAGAUUCAAACAAUGUAUGCAGUCAAGGUCAGCAAGUAAUUAACACAGCGAGGCAAGCGUCAGUGAAAGAAAUAGCGAAUACCUUGCCAGAGUUCGACCCCAGUGACAAAAACGCCAUCACUGCCAAACAAUUCAUUGAUCGGGUCAACAAAGUAGUUGAUGCCUACAAUUGGGAUCAGAAAUUUUUGCUGCUCGCCAUCUACACUCGCCUCAAGGGUCCUGCCAAGAUGUGGCUCGACUCAUCACCAGUGGUGCAUACCCGAUGGAGUAACUUUGCCGAAGCUUUAAACGACGAGUUUGGUAUCGAACCAGACGAAGCAGAGAUCCACUUCACUAUGGCCAAUGCAACGAGAAAGUCGAACGAAACUGUUAAAGAAUAUUGUUUUCGUAUGUCAGCCCUUGGUGUUCGGUAUAAGCUUAGUGAAGCAGCGGUCAUCAGGUACGUCAGAGCCGGUCUACAGCAUCGAGAGCUGCAAAAUAGCAUUGCAGCGAUUCAGUUUUAUAGUAUGAAGCAGCUACGGGAUGCAACUGAAAACUUCUUCAUGAACCGAAGCCGUUUAAGCGAGAAUAAGAGGAGUAUGCCACCAAAAGAUUACAGCGAUAAUCAAAAAGGCGAGGUCAAUGCUAAGUCAGCAAAGCAGAAGGAAGCUUUGAAAUGCUAUAAUUGCGGAGAGUCGGGACACUUUGCCAAUUCUUGUCCAGAGCCACCAACAAAAACAAGAUGUUCCAAGUGCAAUAAGUUUCAUGCACGGAAUGAGAAUUGUCAGUCGGCAACUGUAAUGCGCGUGGGCACCUUGCAACCAAACAUGCCCUUCCUAAAGAAUAUUGUUGUCAGCUCGCACUGUUACGUCGCGUUCAUUGAUUCCGGAAGUGAGGCUAGUAUUGUGCGCAGGUCAGUAGCCAAAGAAAUUAAAGCCGUUCACAGCAAGUGUGCUAUGCAAAUCAGAGGCAUUUGUGGAGGUACAUGUAUGUUAACCGAAGCUAUACAGUUGGAAAUAGUCAUCGACGGAAAAAGUGUUUCCGCCAAAGUUUACAUUGUCGAAGAUGAGAUACUCCCAGAAGAUUUUCUGUUGGGCCAAGACGUCAUCGUAAGCGCUAAACUGUCAUUCGAUUUUGAGAAGAUCCAGUCUAGAGUCAACCGAGCAGUACCGAUGUCAGCAGAGCGUCCAUGCGAUAAUUUUCCAGACUUACUUCUUGGUAAUUUCGGGAAACAAGGAGUGAAGGACAAAAUGCGUGCGUUGUUGGAAAAGCUUUGCGCACAAAACGAAACUUUGAUUGCUGAUCUGCAGGCAAUUGGCAGUCAUGAUGAUAAAGAAAUAGUUGAGCUGCAGCAAUUAAUUGAACAGAGGACACAGCAGAUUGAACAGCUGCAAUUGGCGCAAAAUACGUUACGUGCUGAUGCACGGAUCACUGAACUUGAACUGAAGGAAGCACAUCAAAAGAUUGCAGAAAUGGAGGAUGAAUUGACCCAAUACCAACGUAAAGCGGCGCAGCGCUUGGAGGAACUGCAAAAGCUGCAGCAGGAAGAGUUGACUUGCAACUGGGUGGCAUUGACCAAGUACGAGGAGGUUAAGACACAACUUAUCGAGUUGCAGCGUUCCGUUGAGUUUUAUCAAGAAAGUGAAAAGGAACUUAAGCAAACGCUUGUUGAAAAUGAGCUGACUGCACGCUUGCUCAAAAAAGAAGUCGACGAGAGCACUUUACAAGCCUUCAAAGCUAUCGUGGAACGUUCCAAAGCAUACAACGACAAAUUACAGCUAGAGAAACGUUUGGGAGAGAUGAAGGUGCAGCUGGCAUUGCUGCAGGACGAACAAAGACUGCAACAGCAGCAGCAGCAGCAGGAAUAUCCCCAUUGUAGUCGUAUUAAUAGCAUCGAUGCCUCCCAAUCGGGCUACACAUCGGAGGAUGUGCCAUUGCAAUUGGCCAAUAAUAAAGCCAACGCCAACGUAUAUAAAGUAGAUGAUCUUAUUCUGGUCGAGAAUGAGCCGUUUGGCACGGGUACCUCCCGCAAAUUGGAGCCUCGCUAUAAAGGCCCAUUUAUUAUCACCAAGGUGCCGCCUAACGACAGAUAUCUAGUCAAAGAUUUGCCACAUGUUAAACGAAAGCAGAAACAUUGCAAAUCUGACUACUCUUCCGGCAAAAUGAAGCAUUGGUGUCAGCUGCCGCCGGAUGAAUCAGACGAAGAAGACAAUGGCAAGAUCACAGCAAACGACUCUUGCGAGGACGCUGCGAUUUGUCAGGAGAGGCCGAAUGUAAAGCUCGGGUAA